CCGGCUGGGGUCAAAGCGCUGCGGCGGCCGCGCUGACGGGAGCGCUUCGCUGUCUUCUCCUCUGCCCGGUCCCGUUCCCGGUCCAGCUCCUAUGGAUCUCGCGCCCGCCGCUCUCCACCGCCGCCGCCGCCUCUCGCUCGCCUCGCCGACGUCCCCCGCCUCGCCCGCCGUGGUCAAGGCGCUCUUCCAGGACGAGCUUUCGCCCGUCUCCGACCUCCGCCUCAGCAUGGAGCAGCUUGGGCGCGGGCAGCGGGAAAACACGGAGCAAGACCUGGGGAACAAGAAUGGAUUGCAGAGAUCUUCAUCCUCAGAAUCCACAGACUCAGGUUUGGCUUUGGAUUCACCCGGCCCUGCGACCUCUGGCGACCCCGUGGAGGACACGUUUGAGAAAGCAAUUCUCAAAUCCAGCAGACUGAACCUUCGAAUACCUUUCAGGAGAAUACACUCCCUGCCACAAAAUCUGCUGGGAUCCAGCCCUGCCCUGAAGAGAAGCCAUUCAGAUUCUCUGGACAGUGAUGCUUUCCAGCCACUGGCACAAGAUGAAAAUAAGGAAAAUGAAUCAUUUGAGUUUAAGAAGCCAACCAAACCAGCUUCUCGUUGCUUCCGUGAUGGAAGGGCUGGAGCGAGGCAGAAUUCAUCUCCAGCUCAGAUUAUUCCCAUGGAUGAAACACCCUCGGGUGAGCAGGAGAACUACAGGCCAGCCUUCCUGCAGCAGCAUUCCCUGACCUCGGAAAGCGAGGAUGACGACGGCUUCCUGGAGCUGCUGGAUGACCAGGAUCUGAAGGUGUGUUCUGGCAGAAGUCAGUGUGCUCAGUCAAACUGCAAUAAGUUUAGGGAAUCGUGGAAUCCCGGAGUGGUUUGGGUUGGAAGGAACCUCAAAGACCAUCCAGUUCCAGCCCCCUGCCAUGUGCAGGGACACCUCCCACUAGGAGAUGAGAACGACGAGGAGGUGCCGUCGGACGUGGCGAGUCUCUGGACGGCGCCGCUGGUCAUGAGGAGAGCGGACAAUCGGGCCAAACGGUGCCGCUUGUUUGGCUCUUCAUCCGUGUCCAGCAUUGCAGGAAGAACCACCCAGAAGAGGAUGGAGAGAUCCCAGGAAGACAGUUCCCCAGGGAAAAGCAAGAAGAGGAAAAGCCUGCCUGGAACUUCCGAGGACCCAACGAGUGUGAAACUGGUGAGGACCCAACCCUCCCCAGCAGAGAUCGAGAGCAUUUUGGACAGUGACCAGAGAGACCUGAUUGGGGACUUCUCCAAGAGUUAUUUACUUGACACUGUUGAUGGGAAACAUCAGGAUUUAAAAUACAUCGACUCAGAAAUGAUUGUGUCUGUGCUGACUGGGAAGUUUGAGAGCUUCAUCAAGCAAUGUGUGAUAAUGGACUGCAGAUACCCCUACGAGUACGAAGGAGGGCACAUCAAGGGUGCCAUAAACCUCCACAUGGAAGAGGACGUGGAGAACUACCUGCUGAAGCAGCCGAUCGAGCCGGCGGAGAACAAGCGGGUCAUCGUGGUGUUCUACUGCGAGUUCUCCUCGGAGCGGGGCCCUCGGAUGUGCCGGUUCGUGCGGGAGCAGGACAGGCUGAGCAACGAGUACCCCAGCCUGCACUACCCAGAGCUCUACGUGCUCAAGGGGGGCUACAAGGAUUUCUUCUCGAGAUGCAGGAGCUUCUGUGAGCCCGAGAGCUACCGCCCGAUGCACCACAAGGACUUUAAGGAGGACCUGAAGCGGUUCCGCACCAAGAGCCGGACCUGGGCUGGGGAGAAGAGCAAGAGGGAGAUGUACAGUCGCCUGAAGAAGCUCUGAGGGCUGCGGGGACCCAGCACGGACUGUCCAGCGUGGGGGGCCUGUCCUGCCUCUCUCCUCCUCUGUUUGCUCCCUGGGAACUCCUGGAACUCGGGGCUUCGGGCCCGGAUCCGGCCGGGAGCUGCCUUUGGUUAUUUUUGUUACAUUGCUUCCUGAAAAAUGGCUUCUUGUGUUCUGUGCCACCCCCAGAGCGCCCGGGGAGGGGUGGGGAGAGACCCGUGGGGCAGCAGUGUUGAGGGUGUUUUAGUGCCUGUUAUUUUUUUAAAUGCUCGAUUUUAUUUAAAUACAGUCAAAUGAAGCCAAUACUGCGGUUGUUGGAUCAUCUGGGUUCUACUCAGACCUGGUUUCUGCCCCAGGGCAUCCUGCUGGUGGAGGGGUGGGGGUUAAUUAUUGUACUCAGCUGCAGCUUUGGUUCCGUGUAGUGUUUGUGGUGAAGGAAAAUGGGAAAUGUCCCGUUACAGCCCGAGGUUCCCACCUCUAGGCCUUUGAAAGCCCAUCUAAGGGGAAUUGCUUGUUCAUAAAUAUCAUGUUCACCUCGUUUACUUCAAAUUGUUUUAUUUCAUAGUCUCUCUGUGUAGUUUUAGAGGAGUUGGUGUUUUAAAGGAGGGAGAAUUUCUGGGGGUCAGCAGUGGGGUGAAAAGCUGUUGAUUUGCUGUCGCCGCUGCCUCCGAGGGUGUGAGUUGUUAUCCUGAAACAUUCCCAGAACAGAGAGUGAGGAAUCCUGGGAGGCUGCUCCUACACCCAGGGGUGACUGUGGCCACUUCUCCCUCUGCCAGGAAAGGGCAGGAAGUAAAUUAAUCCUUGAAGGAAGAGGAACUUCCUCGGCAGCGUUGGGCCCUACAGCUGCGGAAGUUCUGCUGUGCCAGCCCCAAAACUGCUUGGCUGCUGAUUUUUGGGGUCCCAUCAGCCCCAACUCUCCAGUCCUGCAGCAGCCCAGGGAUUUUGGGGUGUGAUGGAGCUGGAGCUCAUCUUCCUCACACACCAACUUCCUGGAGAAACUGGUGCUCCUUGGGAGCACCACGUGCCUGGGAAGCUCCCAGCCCUCCUCUCGUGUCCUGUUUGUAUCCGUGUCAAAAAAGUAUUGAAAUGGAGGUGCCUUAUGUGGAGUUCUAACUUGAUUUUCUUUGAAAGUCUGUUUCUUAAAACGUUGUUUGUUAAUCCUCUUGAGAAGCAAAAGGGUAGACUUGGAGUUUUUUCUCGUUUAAAAAAAAAAUAAAUC